AUGGUAUACAUUAGCAACAUUUCCCACCCCAUCAACCAAAAAUUGGUAGCGAAGCAGUACAAGAUCAGUCUAGGCAAGAUCCAAAAGAAUUUGGCUGCUGAUUUCAAGGAAGACAGUAAGUACCGCUUCUACCAAGGCAAACACAUGGAGUCGCACCUAUAUGAGGGAAUCCAGCCUGCUGACUUCUACGACAAGCUUGAGAACGUGCUUGCAACCCAGAAGUCUGCCUUCAAGGUCAACAUCGCUCUUGGAUACAAGCUUGUCAGCAGAACCGAUGACAGCGAGACUCGCUACUUCCACCCGAAUAUUAGCAACACAUCUGUAUUUAGCACUCCUGUGGCUAUCAACAGCAAGGCUGAUAUUCGUAAGAAGGUGAUCUCGGAGAUUCGCUCCAUGGAGUUGGCUGACAAGCUCAACUACCCCAGAUCCGGGUACAUGGUGAAGGGUAUUACUGGCUUCAAAAUCUAUAUCUACCAGCGCGACCAUGCGCUGGGCGAUAGUGAGGCUGUCAUUCCUAAGGUGAUCCGCGAUAACAAGCACGUCAUCAACUUCCCCAAGACGAAUAACAAGUGUGUCUUCCACUGCAUUGCUUAUCACAAGCAGGAGGGGGCGAAGAAGGAUCCACGCAGAAUCCAGGCUCUGGUGAAACAAGCCUUCAAGCAGUACUGUUCGUACAAGGAGAUCACCUACACUCUGGGUCUGUUCCGCAAUUUCAAGCCUAUCGAUAUUCUCCAAUUCGAUGAGCUUGAGGAGUGCUUCAAGCUGAACAUCAACGUCUUCACCAUGGAUGUUGAGACGGGCAAGGUUGAAUGCAUUCGCCGCUCGGACAAGGACUAUGAUUCGAUCAACAUCCUGUCGCACGAGAAUCACGCUCUCUACAUCACGAACAUUGAUAUGCUCCAGCAGAAGUACCAAUGCUCUAAGUGUGAGAUGGUGUUUGUCAGCUCUGAUAAGCUACGCAACCACACCAAGAACCAGUGUGAACUCGUGAACAUCGAAUCGUUCCCAGCUCAGCCAACCAUCUACCAACCCGCUCCGAAUAGCAUUCGUUCCCUACUGACUAAGUACUCCAUCGAGGAUGCUGACCAUUACAUCGAUCACUUCAUUGUAUAUGAUUUUGAGGCUAUCCUCAAGCCUACGGGUGUCAAACACGGAGAGAAUACUAUCUUCACAAACGAACACAUCCCUGUGUCUGUUUCCGUAGCCAACAGCUUGACUGAGGAGGUGCGAUGCUUUGUCAGCGAUGAUCCAAAGGAGUUGCUCAAGGAUAUGUUCCAGUACAUCGAGGAAGUUGCGGCUAAGAUUCAGCGGUACAACGUCUCGAAGUAUGAGCCUUUGCUACACAAGAUCAUCAACGUCCAUGGUUUGACUGACGCUGAGGUUCCUGGCCUAGACUUGGGUAAGACGUACAAGAUGGAAGAUGUCAAUGCUUGGAUUCAGAACGGAGAUUUUGCUAGUUUCUUCGAUCUCCACAGCAAGCUCACAUUCGGUAAGAAGCGCUCUGACUAUGGUAAGCUGAAGCAGUGCAUUGAUCAGGUACCAGUACUCGGAUUCAACUCUGGACGAUACGACAUCAACCUUAUCAAGGCGGACCUGUUUGCAGUCAUCGGUACUGACAACAUCACAUCAGUCAUCAAGAACCCUAGCUACAUGUGCAUCGCCACGUCAGACAUGAAGAUGCUUGACAUUAGCAACUAUGUUCCGGCAGGCACCAGCUAUGCAAAGUACUUGUCGACAUAUCUCGGUGAGUGCAAGUGUGAUGACAAGAUUCGAUGCGUCUGUGGCCUAGGAAAAGGUAUCUUCCCGUACGAGUACAUUACGUCAUUUGACGUACUCAGUCAGUCGGAAGUCCCUCCUAAGUCGGCAUUCGACAGCACUCUCCGUAGCACUAGCAUCAGUGAUGAGGACUUUGCGCGGGUACAGUUCGUAUGGGGACACUAUGGCAUGAAGUCAAUCAAGGAUCUACUCAUUUGGUACAACAACCUCGAUGUAGUCCCCUUCAUCAAGGCCAUCAAAGCCCAGCGAGAACUAUUCAAACGUUUCGAACUUGAUAUGUUCGCUGAUGGUGUGUCGCUACCUGGUCUCUCUGAGAAAGUCAUGUAUCAGACGUGCUUCAACAACCUCCAGCAACCAAGUAAGGAGCCUGCGGAAGCGUUUGACUUUCCCGCUAGUCGCUUAAGUGGAUAUAAGACCCAGGAUGCUGAUGCCGAUCGUGAAUUCAAUAUGACGCUAGAACACCUCAAGGACUUGCUAAAGCGACAAAAGUACCUGUGUGGGCUAUGCUACAAGCAACUCACAGCUGAUACUGCCUCGGCUGACCGAAUCAAUAACAAGCUCGGACACAUCGAUGGUAAUAUCUUGAUCAGCUGUGUGGGAUGCAACGUUGCUCGCAAGAACAUGUCGCUAAAGGGCUUCCGCCACAAGAAGCUACUUGAAUUCAACUCAGACAGGUUGGUGUACAAUAUCGAUAGAGAGGAGAAGGACAUCUACACCAAGAUGAAGGCGAACAUUGCUGGUGGUCCUUCUAUCAUCUUCAACAGAUACGCAAAACGCAACGAAACCAAGAUUCGAGGGGGUAAGAUCUGCAAAAAGAUCAUCGGCUACGAUGCUAAUGCUCUGUAUUUGUGGGCUCUUGGUAACGAGAUGCCACGUGGACGGUUGACCACCAUCGAGGCAUACACAGGGAUCGUCGAUGAUAUUGUAAAUGGCAAGAUCUUUGGCUUCCUAGAGUGUGAUAUCCGUACACCAGAGCAUCUCAAACCCUAUCUCAGUGAAAUGACCCCAAUUUUCAAGAACACCCUUAUCGACUGCAGCGAUCGGAGUGUCAUCGGUCAGCACAUGUUCGAGUACAACGAGGAGCGCAAGCAAAGCCGAGCAAAGCCGGCUCGCAAACUCAUCGGGAGCUACUUUGGUGAGAAGAUCCUCAUUUAUGCACCGCUACUCAAAUGGUACAUUUCUCAUGGCAUGGAGAUCACCAAGACUUACAGCUUCAUCAGGGCUAGCUCUCACAAGGCAUUUGCUCCAUUCAUGGAAGCCGUAUCGAACGCGCGACGGGAAGGUGAUGCCGAUAAGUCUAAGGCCAUGAUUGCUGAGAUGAUGAAACUAGUAGGUAAUUCAGCGUUCGGUCGCAGUGGCAUGGACAUGAGCAAGCAUAAGGAGGUCAAGUAUGAGUCGGAUGAGAAGGCAAUUAAAUCGAAGAUUGAGCACUUCACCUUCCAUGGAAUGGAAGAGUUGAAUGAUUCAUGUGAAUUCACAAUGAAGAAGAGAAAGCUCAACAACAAGAACCCAAUUCAUCUCUCAAUUGCAAUCUAUCAGCUCGCUAAGCUCCGCAUGCUCGAGUUCUACUACGAUUGUAUUGACUUCUACUUCGACCGCUCAAAUUUUCAGUAUCAGGAGAUGGACACCGACUCUGGCUACAUCGCUUUCAGCUGUGAAAAGCCAUUUGAGGAGUGCAUCAAGCCUGAGCUUCGUGAGCAUUCUCAGCAGCACAAGUAUGAGUGGUUCCCGCGCGACUAUAAUGAGACUGUAGCCAAGUUUGACCGUCAAGCCCCUGGUUUAUUUAAGGAAGAGUGGUCUGGUGAUGCUAUGGUAUCAUUGUCCUCUAAGAACUACAUUUGCUACCUACCAGACGAAUCUUACAAGGUCAAGGUUUCAGCGAAGGGAGUCCAGCAGAGCGGUGACCGCAACGGUGAUGUCCUCAACCCAGAUGGAUUUGAAUCAGGUGUUCGCGAUCGCAUCACGCUACAGGGUACCAACAAGGGGUUUAGACUCAGUAAGGAGACCUUGUACCAGAAGGCUAAAGAACUGGAGCCGAAGAUUACGAUGAAAAUCGUCAAGGAAUGGUACUCAAACCAGAGCGAUAUUCAGCGAUUUCAGGAGCAGAAGAAGCGAUACGAUGGGUUCAAUGUCGCAUCGACUAACCCCAACUCGUGGCAGAUGGACUUGGCGUUUUGGGAGAAAACACCUAUAUUGACUGCGAUCAACAUCAACUCCCGCCUAGGCUACGCUAUGUUCUUUUUCAACCCCCGCAUCAUCGCCAGUUCAGGCGGCAGCUAUGGAGACAACAGCGAUCUCAACAUUGCUGAGCUGAAGUCCAUCAUGAAGAAUCUAAUCAUCCAUGACCGACCUCAACAGACCCAAGCAGCAGCAUGGGCUACUGACCUCGAUAAGUCAAUCAAGAAGGUGGAAGCAGCUACCCAAACGGAAGGUGGACGGGUAUGGGCGUACCAGCCGAAAAAAAAGUCGAAGAGCGUGAAAACCUUUGCUCUAUAG